CACGUACGGGUUCCAAGAUGCUUGAAGUCCUAUUGUACGGUCGUGGAGCAACAUGACCAUUGAUUUCUCUCUAUAAAUAAUGUAAAUUAUCAUUUUUUUCUAUCCAAGAAGAAGGCAUUUCAAGAAACUAAUUCCUAAGACAGGUCUGACAAUAGCAACAUGGACGAGAAGCGCGGUGGUUCUAAUGUUAAGCCAACUUCCACGUCUUUAGGCAUGGGAAGGCAAUCAUCAUCGACUGAACCAGCAGUUCCAGCUGAAGAACUGCAAGAGAAAUCACAACAAACUGAAUUGACGGAGAACUUGAAGGAUUUUCAUAUGCUUUUAGAGAAUAUCUCUAAAUCUCUUAAUGAAAUGGAAAAAGUAUUCAAGUCUGCCUCUUCCUCUUCUAAUGCCACAACAGAGUCCCUUGCAGAUAUUAAAUCUUUCUUCAAUAUGUCGGUUGAUGUUGUUCUUUUGGAUGAGUCUCGCUUGUCCAAGUUAAGAAAAGCUGCUGAAGGCUUGGUUGGCGAAACCAGUAUCCUUGGAAAGGACAAGUGUGACCGUUUAAAGAAAUUCAUUAAUGAGAUCGAUAGGGAAGUUAAUCGUUUAAGCACUGCAGUUGAAAAAGAAAAAAAGAGAGCUGAACUUGAAAAAGCUCGAGCUUCACUUGUUGACACUCUAAACACUCGCAAGACUGAAUUUCAACCCUGUCGAGAUAAGAUGCAAGAGAUGGUUUCCAAACAGGAAGAACUGGAGAAAAAUCUACGAGAUUAUGAAAUGCUAAUGAUUCAGAAGAUGCCCCAUUUCAAAAAAGUGUAUUCUCAACAAAAAAGUAGCAUUCAGACAGAUAUCAGUGGUUUCCGAGAGAAAGAACAGCUUUUACAACAACUAAGCCAAGAAAUUGAUAAUCUUCGUAAAGAACCUUCAAUUGAUUGGACUGGUCUGAUUGCUGCAUUUUAUAAUUAACUUUUCACGCUUUGUUUUCAGCUUAUCACUCUUAUAACUAUUUUCUUAAUUACUAUUGAAAGACCUCUACUACUAUUAUUGUUAAAAAAUUAGUUGGCUUGUAUAAUAAGUUUUACUACCAAGGAUCUCUUAUGUUGUGAUUCCAUUUUAUUCAUACUUGGC